AUGUGGUUCAAGAGCACGGAUGAAAGGAGCGAGAGGCUAGAAUCGGUAUCCUCUGCUGGGAAAUCCUCUUUCAAAUUCAAGUAUGCCCAGAGCCAUACAAGAACCCUGAUCGACAGUCUUGUGCUUGUGAGUUCCAGCACCAAGGAUGUUUUUGUAUCAAUUGAGGAUCGAGAAAAGUGGAUGGACGAAAUUUCGAUGGUACAGAAGAUGAUAAUCAUCUGCAUCACCAAUACCACAGGAGCCAUCCAAGAUGGACUUUAUGAGACAUCUUGGAUCUACCGAUCCAUCGAUCCUCACGUGUGGCAGGUGGAUGGCGUGAUAGACGGAAGUGCUCUGAGCUCAACUUUCAUCAUCUACAAGUACGCCAGAAAGUCACGAUCGGCCAACAAGAAUUUGUGUUGGAUGUUCGGACAGUACGGGCGGUUGAACAAUGGGAUAAUCGGAUUCCUCCACUUGGGUUAUCUUGCUUCACGCUUCCAACGGCAGAUGGUCGUUCCCAACGUAGCUUUUGUGUGCUCUGUGAACCUGCCGUUAACAAGCCUGCUGGUCCUCGAGGGUCUGAUUUACAUUCAGGGUUAUGACGUGAAGCUCGUGUCGGAAGAUGAUUUCUUCAGUACGUGUGGGUCCUCACCAGUGGUGGACGUGAAAGGACUUGAGAAACAGAGCCAUCGAGAAACUUGUCAGAUUGACGGGAGGCAUCUUUUUGAGACUAGAGAUGUCACAGAGCAUCAUAUGAAAUCAUCAUUCUUUCACCUGCGAUUUCAUUCCCGCCUGGUCACAAAGGCGAAGCGCUUCAUCUUAGAGAAAUUCAAAGGAAUUCCAUACGCGGCAGUUCAUUUUCGAAACUUCGAGGAAGACUGCAUUGAGAGAGUGAAAGAUGUGAUUGGACACGCUUAUCCUGGAAUCUCAAAUAUCUCAAGUCAUCUUGACUCAAUCUCUCCGAUGUGUAAUCCCAAUGUGUCAUGGGUACUCCAUGAAUCGGAGGAAUAUUCCAGAAUUCAUCGAAUCAGCUUGUUCAUAAGUUCCGAAAGCUGGGGGGGGAUGCAAGACAACGUUGCGGAUGCCGAUAGGCUGGUGAAACCGCAGCGAGAGUGUGAAGAAGUGGAAUGUGCUUUGAUCGAUAUGAUUGUCUGCAUGGAGUCCAUCAUAUUCUUUGGAAACCCUGCAAGCACGUUCUCUUUGAACGUCGGUAGGCUGAGAGAGCAGCAAUUUCCAUUCGCGGGACCAAACAUCUUCAGCACUGACAGGAAUUUGUUGUUCCCACUGUGGUUUGGAUAUAAAUGA